CAUGUUUCAGUUGUGCAUCAUUGUUCUAUUUUAUGCAGUUUGUGCUAAAGCACUAGACACUAUCAAUGCAAGCCAAACCAUAAAAGAUGGCCAAACCAUUGUUUCAGCUCAACAAACAUUUGAGCUCGGGUUCUUUAGCCCAAAAAACUCAACCAACCGUUACGUUGGGAUAUGGUACAAAACAAUAUCAUAUGGAACAGUUAUGUGGGUGGCUAACCGGAACACACCACUCACCAACACCUUAGGAGAGCUGUCUCUUACUUUACAAGGAAUCUUGGUGAUUCGUAACGCCUCUGGUGAUGUUAUUUGGUCGUCGAUCAGGAGCUCUUUGGUAUCGUUGAAGAAGAAGCUCGUUGCUCAGCUUUUAGAUACGGGUAACUUCAUUGUGAGGGAGGAAACUGAUCAUGGAAAUUCUAUAUGGCAAAGUUUUGAUUAUCCUACAGAUACGUUUGUUCCAGGAAUGAAAUUCGGUAAAGAUUUGGUUACAGGGCUUGAAAGGAAUUUUACGUCAUGGAAAACAGAAGAUGAUCCUUCUUUGGGUAAGUAUACCGUGUGGCUUGAUAUCCAAGGAUACCCUCAAAUGAUGGUCUUGGAUGGGCCUAACAUCAGAUUUCGGGCUGGUCCAUGGAAUGGUGUUAGGUACUCUGGAGAACCAAAUUUGAGACCAAACUCGAUUUAUAAAUAUGGGUUUGUUCUUGAUCAAAGAGAAAUGUAUUAUCAUUUUGAUCUUAUAAAUACUUCAGUAGUUACAAGAGUGGUUAUUAAGCAUACUGGUAGCUUUGAAAGAUUACUAUGGAUCGAAAGCAGGCAAGAAUGGAUAGUAUAUUUGACUCCACAGACUGAUAACUGUGACCGAUAUGGGCUGUGUGGCUCUUUUGCAAGUUGUAACAUUAACAACUCGCCGGCUUGUGGGUGUUUGAAAGGGUUUGAGCCCAAGUCGCCAGAUCAAUGGAGCAUGGCUGAUUGGUUUCAAGGGUGUAGACGGUCAACCCCUUUAGACUGUGGGCCUAGGGAAGGGUUUAGAAAGUAUUCAAACAUAAAGUUGCCCGAUACACGAUGGUCUUGGUUUGACCAGAGCAUGAACCUUAAUGAGUGUGAGCGAGUUUGCAAAAGGAACUGCUCAUGUACUGCUUACACAAGUCAGAAUAUAACCGGGGGUGGAAGUGGAUGUUUGUUAUGGUUCGGUGACUUGAUGGAUAUCAAAACGAUCUUGGAAAAUGGGCAGGAUCUUUUUAUAAGAAUGCCAUUAUCUGAACUAGGUAAAAGCUCCGGUGUGAAGCAAGUAAAGAUAAUUGUCCCUGUUGUAUCAGUGUUACUAUUCUUGAUACUUUCUGUGUAUAUAUUUUACCGAUUUAAGAGGAAGAAGCUGAGGCAAAGAGGUACACUAAUAGAAGAUCACGGAAAUGAUGAUGGUAAUGCAACCUCUAAGGAUGAUGUAGAACUCCCACUUAUUGACCUAUCUAUAUUACGAAAAGCCACCAAUAAUUUUUCAGACGACAAUAAGCUUGGAGAAGGUGGUUUUGGACCUGUGUACAAGGGCGUGAUGGAAAACGGGCAGGAGGUAGCAGUGAAGCGGCUGUCAAGGACUUCAACUCAAGGACUAGAUGAGUUCAAGAAUGAAGUUAUCACUACUUCCAAACUGCAGCAUCGGAAUCUUGUAAGGCUCUUAGGCUGCUGCAUCAAGGGAGCAGAAAGCAUGUUAGUCUAUGAAUACAUGUCAAAUAAAGGACUGGACUCCUUUUUAUUUGAUGAUGAUCGUAGUAAAGUACUCGAUUGGCCUACUCGUGUUCACAUUAUCAAGGGGAUUGCUAGGGGUCUUCUUUAUCUUCAUCAAGAUUCUAGAUUGAGAAUCAUCCAUAGAGAUUUAAAAGUCAGCAACAUUUUGCUUGAUCAUGAUAUGAACGCAAAGAUAUCAGAUUUCGGCAUGGCCAGAAGCUUUGGUGGAAAUCAGAUAGAGGCAAACACAAACAGAGUGGUUGGAACAUAUGGGUACAUGGCACCUGAGUAUGCAGGAGAUGGUAUCUUUUCAAUAAAAUCAGAUGUAUUUAGCUUCGGUGUAUUAGUGUUGGAGAUUGUGAGCGGAAAGAGAAACAGGGGAUUUUUCCACAAAGACCAUAGCAACAACCUUAUCGGACAUGCAUGGGGACUUCAUAAAGAAGGCAAAUCCUUAGAACUGGUUGCACCAUCUUUAAAUGAAUCCAUCAACUUAUCAGAAGUAUUACGGGCGAUCCAUGUGGGAUUAUUAUGUGUUCAACAACGUCCAGAAGAUAGACCGACAGUGGCUUCUGCGAUUCAAAUGUUUUUGAGCGAAGGAGAAUUGCCUCCACCUAAUCCACCCGGUUUCUUUUAUGAAAAAGUUACAACAGAUACUGGUUAUUCUAAUUCAAGUACGUAUGGAACAAAUUCAACUAAUGAACUUACCAUUACAAUGUUGGCUGCCAGAUAGUAAAAUUUAUUUGUUACAUAUUGCACAUCUUGGGUAUACCCAAGAACUUUUGUUAAAUAUCGAAUUGUGCUAAUAUUAUAUGCAGUUGCAACAUAGUCAAGCUUUGUAACACAAAUAGUUAUAGGAUAUCUACAUAGUCUACAUUCAUCAU